GGCAGGGUGGUGGGCAGGCGCCGGGCAUACCGCGGGGCUGCGCGCGGACCCACAUUUCGCGCGGGCGGGCGUGAGUCGAUUUUUUUGUUUUCCCAUACAAAUCCUUUUUUCGGGAAAUGCUUUUUCGGCGGAAAACGCAGUGCAGCGGAGUUGACCCCCAAAAAGCGUCGCAGGGCCUAUGAGAAGAGAGCGAGUGCGGCCUACGGGCAGCACAGCGCGACUACUCCGCCUCAGCACGCAAUGGUGGUGGCGAAUGCGCUGUAGAAAAGCAGCGCAGCAAUCGAACGUCCCGUAUCUUACAGAUUACAGCGUCGUGACCGCCCAACCGGCCCUGCAGGCAAUUACGUCUCGGCCGGCGGAGGAUCAUAGCUGCGAUCGCCCACAGGCGCGGCGGCCGCUACGGCGGACCGCCAGACCUGUGUUUCCCGGCGGGAUUGGGGUGCUGCGGCGCCCGAGUCCCCAAGGAUGGGCUCUGUAGACGGAUGGCCGCUGGCUACCCUUUUACUGAGCAUCGGGAGAAAGACGCCCGCCGCGGACGCUGAAUAGCUGAAGCGGCGGGGCCAGUCUCUCCUCUCGGGGCCCCCUAGCCACGCCUGGCGCGGCGAAAGGGGCUCUGGGGAACGAGGGGUGGGAAGCCGGAAGCCACGGGGGCGCCGGUCGGCCCAGCCGACAGGCCGCCUCCGCGGUGCGGGCGCCGUCCCCAGGGACGGUGGCCCGCUCGACCUGUAACACAAUCUCUUCGGCCGCCGCUCGCGGCGCCGAUGGCCCUCACGGGCUCACGAUAGUUACCUGGUUGAUUCUGCCAGUAGUCAUAUGCUUGUCUCAAAGAUUAAGCCAUGCAUGUCUAAGUGUAAACAAUUACAUAGUGAAACUGCGAAUGGCUCAUUAUAUAAGUUAUCGUUUAUUUGAUAGUUCCUUACUACUUGGAUAACCGUGGUAAUUCUAGA